AUAGAUGCAUUGUUUCGCUUGUAUUACUGUUUUAGAAAAUCUGCAACUCGGCGAAGGGGAGCGCGCCCCUCUGUUCGCACCUACUGCGCAGGUCCAAAUAACCUCAUUCAAUCCACGCCUUGGGUCAUCCACACGCAUUUAUGCAUUCGACUAUUCUCUUUAUUGCAUACCCAUCUUGUCCUGACGCACAAAUUUCAAAAUUUAGAAUAAUAUAUUACAACUCCAGUGCCAUUCAAAAGUGUUUUAAACUUUUAUAAUGAGUAAGUUACAUGUAGAGGUAACAGUAACAUUGGCCUAUUUUCGAUGGAUAUGUGAGAUUUGAACAAAAAGUGCAUUGAGUGUGAAUAAAAUGGUAAUUGACGCACAAAUACAGUCGCCGCCGAACGUGGAUGUGCCUGACGAGAAUGACCGCACAAACCACACGUGCAACAAAGUUAGGAUUGUUAAGACAUUAGACUUGCAGGGAAUUCUUUGGCAAUGCGGCCUAAGAGAGAUCUGUUUGGCUGCUCUUUGGCUUCCACUUGGUGCUUUAAUAUUUUGUUAUGUGACAGCGUCGAUAUUCCAAGCAGAUGAUAUUCAUGAAACUCACUGUAGGGUUUACAACGUAGUACCGUCAAUAAGUGCAAUUACCGGCAUCAGUCCCCAGCGGUACGUGUGGAGAAUAUGCAUAGCCUUCCACCUCGGGCCGAGGCUGCUCAUCGGCUCCCUUUAUUAUAAGUACCAUAAGCAGCGGAACGCGCAUAUUACUGAAGAUAAGGUUAGAUUGCAAGCGACGCAAUUAGGUGAAGCCUGCUACUGGCUCAACUUGAUAGAGCUGUGUGCCCUCACCGGAGUCACAUAUGUUUCCAAUAGGGAAAAUUACUUUGUACACGAGAAGAUAUUCAUAGUGUUUAUGAUAGCCGCGCUCCUGCACAUGCUGUGCCGCGCGCGCGUCGGCUGCAUAGCCAGCGACACCGUGGAAACGCUGCGGACCAACAAGCUUGUGUGGACACUGUUUUACGUGGCCAUCGCUGCCACCGUGGGGCUCAUUGUGUUCUUCCUGAGGCACCGGCUUCUGUGCAGACCUUUAGCCUUCACCUAUUUCUCAGUCUGCGAGUAUAUCCUGGCAACAGCCAACAUGGCCUUUCACGCUUUAGUGGUGAGAGAUUUGCCUCUUCAUGAGGUACACGUGGUUUGCCCCACAAACCGGAAAGCAGACUAACAAAACAGUGCACCGCUGAUUCACGUUGGGUGCCAAAUGCAUAGCACCAGAACUCAACAAGUGUGUUGUUUGUACACUAAGUGUACUCAUAUUAGUAGGUAUGAUAGCACUGUUGUUGUAUGCUAUUAUGCUUCGAGGGGAAAUGCUUGUUUUAGAGAUUUUUUAGAGUGUAAUUUUUUUAUUGUUUUAUGACUGAACACCUAUGCGAUGCAGUCAGCUUGUAAUGCAGAGAUAUCUCUUCCAAUGCAGCUCUUGUCGAAUUGUAAUGUAAAUUAUAGUUUUUUGUUACUUAAUAUUUAUGUAGUAAGCCCCGUGUGUACAUAAGUACCUACAUGUACCUAUACUUACUUCAUUUAUAAGGUUUAGAAAGAUCACUGUAGACUGUAGAGUACGCAUGAGGUUAUAAAUUUGAAGUAAAAGUGAUUACAAUCAUGUUACUUGAGAUUGAUUCACAACAUAAUGUAAGUACCUCUGCGUAGACGAUAAAAAUUCUCACACAUUAGGUACUGCACAGUUCUUUCUAAUGUAAAAAAAAACUAUACUUGUGUUGUAAUUACACAUUUUAGCUUCUCUGACAAUGGAUUCUAGUUUACUAAAUAUAAAAUAAAAUGGUCACAAACAACAGUAAUUUCCAUCUGUACCUAAUCUUAAGAACUCUUGAGCUUACCUAAUAUUUUAAACUUUUCUUGUUUUAAAUUGAAAAUUGAGGUUUCGUCGUUGUUUUAUUUAUUUAUUUACCUAAAGGCUCCAAUUAUAAUGACCACAAAAUAUACUUUGAUACCCUAAAUUAAUAAAUCUCUCUUACCAAAAAUAUACUAAACACCAAAAACUAAAGUCUAAAAUUACUCAAGUUCUACCUGUUUUAAUCACGACUGCACUUCGAAUUGUAUUCAAACACCAAAUAUGAUCACCAAAUCUUGAAGAGAAAAUUGAUGUGUUUUUUUUUUCACCUAAAUAAACCACUAUGAUUUGGUAAAAAGGUAUCUGGGGGCACGGUAGCAGCAAGGGCACUACCUACCUUUUCUCGAAGUGCUUCGUCGUUUUUUUGAACCCUCAUAACUUGUGUUUGGAUUAUACUAAAUAAAAAUUCUCGGGAUGUCAAUAGUGGACUUAUUAAGCAUAAAAAAAUUCAAUUGCAUAGUUCUCAUACUU